CGCUGGAGGAGUUGGGCGGCUGUUGCUCCCUCUCCGCCCGCAGGAGGAGGAAGAGGAGGAAGAGGAGGAAGAAGAGGCUUCGGCUGCCGCCUCUCGGAUCCCCCCUCCCUCCUCCCCUUUUCCCCUUCCGCCCCACACCUUUAUGGACGAGCGCCGGAGCUUGCUCUACUCCCCGGCCGCCUCCUGCGCCGGCCGGCAGCCGCGGGGCGGCUCCAGCAGCAGCCACCACAACCUGGGCUACACCGAGCAGCCGCCCCCCGCCGCCCCCCAGCCGGGCCCCGAGCAGCCGGAGGAAGAGGGCGAGGAAGGGGAGGAAGGCAGCAUGACCGUGGUGGGAGGAGGAGGAGGAGGAGGCGGCGGCGGCGGCGGGGACCCUUUGCUGGAGGAGCCCCAGCAUCCCCCGGCGCUGCUCGGGGGGGAGCGCUACGAUCAGCCCCCGGCGGCGGCCGUGCCCGCCGGGCAGCCCGCGGGCGCUGCGGAGCACGAGUGCUGCGAGCGCGUGGUGAUCAACAUCUCGGGGCUGCGCUUCGAGACCCAGCUCAAAACCCUGGCUCAGUUCCCCGAGACGCUGCUGGGGGACCCCCGCAAGAGGAUGCGCUACUUCGACCCCCUCCGCAAUGAGUAUUUUUUCGACCGUAACCGUCCCAGCUUUGACGCCAUCCUCUACUACUACCAGUCGGGCGGGCGCAUCCGGCGUCCCGUCAAUGUCCCCAUCGACAUCUUCUCCGAGGAGAUCCGCUUCUACCAGCUCGGCGAGGAGGCCAUGGAGAAGUUUCGGGAGGACGAGGGUUUCAUUCGGGAGGAGCAGCGGCCGCUUCCCGAGAAGGAGUUUCAGCGCCAGGUGUGGCUCCUCUUCGAGUACCCCGAGAGCUCUGGGCCGGCCCGAGGCAUUGCCAUCGUCUCUGUCCUGGUCAUCCUUAUCUCUAUUGUCAUCUUCUGUCUGGAGACCCUGCCUGAAUUCAGGGAUGACCAUGACUAUGAAGGAACUGGGGGGACCUUCGGGACAGGCGGAGGCCCUCUCCCACCUGAUGUCUUCACCAACUCCUCAUCCUCGCCUGCUUCCAUGGUGUCGUCCUUCACUGACCCUUUCUUUGUGGUAGAGACUUUGUGCAUCAUCUGGUUCUCCUUCGAGCUGCUGGUCCGUUUCUUUGCCUGCCCCAGCAAGGCCACCUUCUCCAAGAACAUCAUGAACAUCAUUGACAUUGUGGCCAUCAUCCCCUACUUCAUCACGCUGGGCACAGAGCUGGCCGAGCGGCAAGGCAAUGGCCAGCAAGCCAUGUCCCUGGCCAUCCUCAGAGUCAUCCGCCUCGUCAGGGUCUUCCGCAUCUUCAAGCUCUCCCGGCACUCCAAGGGGCUGCAGAUCCUGGGCCAGACCCUCAAGGCCAGCAUGAGGGAGCUGGGCUUGCUCAUCUUCUUCCUCUUCAUCGGUGUCAUCCUCUUCUCCAGCGCCGUUUACUUCGCGGAAGCCGACGACCCCAGCUCGGGGUUCAGUAGCAUCCCUGACGCCUUCUGGUGGGCCGUGGUCACCAUGACCACCGUGGGCUACGGGGACAUGCACCCCAUCACCAUUGGGGGCAAGAUCGUGGGGUCUCUGUGCGCCAUCGCGGGCGUGCUGACCAUCGCCCUGCCCGUGCCCGUCAUCGUCUCCAACUUCAAUUAUUUCUACCACCGGGAGACGGAGGGUGAGGAACAAGCCCAGUACAUGCACGUCGGGAGCUGCCAGCACCUCUCGUCCAGCGAGGAGAUGAAGAAGGCUCGCAGCAAUUCCACCCUCAGCAAGUCCGAGUACAUGGUGAUUGAGGAAGGGGGGAUCAACCACAGUGCAUUCAAACAGGCUGCCUUUAAAGCAGGCAACUGCACAACCACAAACAAUCCCAACUGUGUGAACAUCAAAAAGAUCUUUACGGAUGUUUAAAAUGAACCCAAAGCAAACGAACAGCAGCAAAAUCUGAGGAUGCAGAGAAAGAAUACCAAUAAUAAUAAUACCAAUAAUAAUGCAAAGUGACUGUGUGUCGGUGUUGUGUGGAACAUGCACCAUCGUCGGUCCUGUGUGUGCCCUCGUUUUUAUACCUUUAUUUUUUUAGAUCCUUCCUUUCUAAAGAUCCAAAAGUAAAAGGAUUUAAAAUUCUCUGAAGAAGAGGACAGCUAAAGGGUAAAGAGAAGGAAGAUGAAGACAAGCCACACUCACUGUCAAAACAGGUGUUUGCUCUGCAACGUGUUGCAGGGCUGCUUUGCUUUUUGGGCUUUUGGGGAACCUCUUGCUUUGCUCCUGAAUUCCCCCCUCUUUCCCUAAGGGCAGUGUGUAGCCAAUCUCCCUUCCAUCACAUAAGAUAACUUGUUGGAUUAACAAACUCGGACUGGGUGGAGGAAGGAGGAAAACAUGAGGCAGAGUGUACUGGGAGGGGGCUGGGAGGAAAUAACCAUUUAAUUCUGCAGAGAGUCUCUGUUACCACAUCGUUAAAUGAUGCUUAAUAUCGAAACAUGUGAUGUGCCAUUACGGGCACAUCCCAGAUUUCCUUUUUCUCCCCAUUAGAUCAUUUAUGAAAUUCUAAUCUGGUCAGAGACCGAGUGCAAUCAAUGCUGAUUUAAAUACAAAAAAAACCUCCCUAAGCCUUCAUUUUCUAUUCUGGAUUCCCUUCCCCUGUAACCUGAUGGAAUUAUUUCCUCCAAUGUCAAGUCUGUGGCCGUGCAGCGGGGAUGUGUGCGGGAGGAGGGACAGGACAGGCAGACUGGAAUGUUUUCAGGAGUGAUGUCGGCACGGAGCGGGAUCCACGACGGGCUCCUCGCCGUGCCUGGGAGCCUCCAGCCCGCCCAGCCGGAGACAAAGGGAUAUUUCCCCCUCGUUUUGCGAUGCCUUUGGAGGAGCUGCAGCCGCUUAUCACCAGAAGAUUAAAGUGGCGAACACGCCUUCCAGCGGAAGUCACUAAUUCCGACCGGAGUGAUGCAGUUGCCAUGGUGACCACGGUUUCCUGGGAAACCCCCAAAGGUUGUCAUGGCAUCCCUUCUCCCAUCCCCCUUGGUCCUUGCUCUUCCCGCAAAAAGCCUUUCCAGAUGGUUCCAGCUCCUCCAUCCCACAAGACGUCGUGGCUCUGCACCCCCUUCCUGGUUCCUGUCCUGCUGCUCCUCCCGUGUGCCCAACAAAGCAUCCACAGGCAGCAAUCACCCCCAGAUCCACCUGUCCCCCACCUGGGCAGUGCAGUCUGGGCAUGGAGGUUCAUCCUGUUCCACCAAGAACCACCCCAAACCCAGUGGGAGCUGGCACCGAGCAAGCCUGGCCAGGGAGGAACCUUGGCAGCUUUGUGAAACAAGGGGGACAGUAAAAAAAUCAGGAUUGAAAAAUAACCAAAAAUCCCUCUGGGAAAAAAAAUCACCGGCUUCAUCUUCACGUGUAUGCCAGGGGCCAUGGGACAUCUGACGGGAUCAGAUCACAGAAGAAGUUUUGAAAUGAAGACCUUUAGGACUGUGUUGAGAAGUAAAACAUCUCCAAGGAAAGGACAAACAUCCCAAACAUCCCCAACAUCCCAACACGGUGACCGACGCUGCCGUGGACCCGACUGACAGAGGGCCAGCUAAACCCAGUCCAUAUUUCAUAUAUAUUUAUUUAUAUAUGGAAUAUCCCCCACUUUAUCUGUGUUUUCUAACAAGUGCAUUAUGUAGAAGGGAACAUCUUUGGAGCCAGAUUAUCUUCAAUUUAUGUGCAAUAUAACAGGACUGAACAAAGAUGGGAGAAAGGAGGAGGAGAGGUGGAAGUCACUUGGACAUAAUUUCAGUAUUUUUUAAUAUUAUUUAAAAAAAAUCUCUUGAAAGAUGAAGCAACUAGAAAGGAAAUGUUAAGCAGAGCUGCUAAAACUUAAUCCAAGUGUUUUCUUGGGGUGGGAGGGAGUGGGGGGAAAUUUGGUUUCUGUCGAUGUUCCCUGGCGAAGGCCACGGGCUGUUCUCAGCUCUUUGAGAAUCAUUCCUGCUCCAUUUUUCUCACUUUCCUGGAAAUGCCCUUUAUAAGUAGCUCUGUGCUGUACCAAAGGCUGUGAUUUACUUUAAGUCCUUAUUUAGAAAGAAACAUCUCUGCUGGUGCUGAGGAAAAGGGUGUCGAACAGUUGUGCCUUGCUGUCAGGAUCACUCCACAAAAAAACUAAGGAAAAAUUGAAUUUCCAGGGUAGAAAAGGUCUAAAAACCCAAUGCUCCUUCUUCCUUUCAUGAGAGCCUCUCUGCCUUUGUCUGCACUUCCACAGUACCCCAGUCUUGUGGGAAUUUUAUAGUGUUGCCUUGCUAAUUCUGUAAUAAUUGGGAAUUCCAUCCCUCCUUUGUCCGUUGCUGUUUCAUUUUUGCACAUUGAGGUUUUUUUGGUGGAAGGUUUAGAGCUGUGGGUUGCCCAUACUGGGCUGGGAAGCUCUUAAAGCUGGGCUUUCCAUAACCUCACUGUGUUUCCUAGGACUGCACGGAUCAAUAUUAUCCUGGUGCCACGAGAUAAAUGGUGUGCAAAGGGAUAAAUGAUGUGCAAAGGGAUAAAUGAUGUGCAAAGGGAUAAAUGCAAAUGGAAGAGGGGCUGAUGGUUGUUCCUGCUCCCCUUUUUCCCCUCUUCAGCCUCAUCCACCUACUCAAUGCUGCCUCCAUCCCAUCUUGGGCACUGAAACCCUCCCAGCUCAGCCUCCACCAGAGGAGCAGAGUGAAACUUGGAACAGCGUUGGAUUUAAGGGUGAAAAUAAUGUUGGAGGGACUCAGAUGAGCACAGGAAGCUCUUUGUCUGCAUUGCAGUAAUUCCCUGGGAAUGGUUUGGGAAUGUUAAUUUGGACCGGACAGAACCAAGUGAGCUGGAGCUUCCUCUGAAGCAGAGGCUGCUCAAGGAGAGGUAACAGGAACCAAAAUUAUUGUGUGUGAAACAGGCCCUUGAGCUGAUGCUGCUGAUUGUGCCCAAGGACCAGCCUCAAGGUCCUCACCAGGUACCUGGAAGGUGGAGAAGGGCCACUCUUCCAGAGGGAAGCACCAAAACCUGGAUCCUUCCCCAGUGGAGCUGUUUGCCUGCAUUUCACACAGAACAUCCACAGGAGACACAGCCCAGGGAGGAUGCACUGAAACCAACCCUGGAAAGAAGGCUGGAAAUGGGAAAAAUUGGGAAUGUACAGGCAAAGCAGCCAACAAUCUGCACCCCAUUUCUUGCAGAAGAGCUUUGAAGACAAACAAGAACCCUGCAAAAAAACUUCAGCUGAAAUUUGGGUUGAGAAACUCCCCUAACACUGAGAAAUUAUGUGAUUCUUACAAGGAACGCCUUGGCUUUGGUGAGGUUGUGUUUAUUUUGUUUGUUUUAUCAACACAGAUAAUUUCUUGGCUGGAAUUCCUCCUCCUGCCACGGCAGGUGCACCUCUGGUGGUGGAGACUUUGUUCCUGACAGAAGGGCUUGGGGGGCCCAAACACAGAAAUCUCCAGGGCUCUGCACAGGUGCAGGUUGGGCAGAAUGGCCUGAAAAGAAGCAAAAGUGUUAAACCCAGCAGUUUUAGUCAAUUUAAUCAGUUGGAGAAUGAAGAGCAAAUAUGGAUCUGGCUCUCAGUAGGACAUUGCUCCUCUUGCAUUUAUUCCCAGCAUGGAAGAAACCCCGUGGCUGCUGAAGCUGUGGGUAAAUGGAGGAGAAAGGGCUGGUGCUGCUUUCACCUGGAUUUACCACGGCUUUAACAGCAGAGGGAGAUUGGGAUGGAGGACCAGGAUGAAUGGAAGGCCUCAUGGAGCAUCUCCCUGAGCCCAGGGAGAGGAGCAGGGGGUGCCAAGGCUGGGCAGGGAUGCAGGGAAGGUGAAACAAGGUGCGGUGUGAAAUUGAUGCGCUGCGAAAGCCACCCGCACAAAUUACAGCUAAUUAGAGCAGCGGCUCUCAUUAACUUGGUUUGGCCAUGCCCUGCCCGUGGUGGAGGUGGGGAGAGGGAGCUUUUCCACGGGAUCUUCCAGCAAAUUGCUCCUCCAAAUCCCCGGGGCUGUGGCAGCAGUGGGGACCGCAGGGUUUGUGUCCCUCUGUCCCUCUGUCCCUCCCCUGUCCCUCUGUCCCUCUGUCACUGUCCCUGUCCCUCUGUCCCUCUCCCUGUCCCU